CCAAGAUGGCUCCUGUGAAUGUCUCGGUCCCAUAGCAAAUUGAGGAUGCAAGCAGUUACCGAAAAAACAACUUUUCCCCGACCGUGGUGUCCACUGGAAAGCGAUUCGUGCGUUUCGGAGGAUGCCUGCACAUCCAUCUAAGCACUGAGGAGCCGCGGCAGCUUCGCGAAACCCUCUUUAACCCACCAAUUUGGUGUAGUUUCGCGAAGUAGUAGCUCUUCUCCUCGCUGUCGCUAUCUGUCCUGAGCGAGGUGCAGGCAGGCAGCAGGCAGCUCAUCCAAAUGGCCGAACCGAGGAAAGUGCAGUUUGUCACCCUCUCGGCCUUCGCCCCCGGAUCAGGCGCGGAGUCCAGAAAACGCCGGCUGGAGGAGAAUGGGGCUGGCUUCAACUUCAGCAGGACCGCGGAGGUCGAUGCGGUGGCAGCGGCUGGGGCAAAAGGCAAAACCGGCGACAGGGACAAGGCUGGAGCCGAGAGAAGGGCGACGGUACGGCUGGACCUGCCUCUAUCCGAGCCCGACGACCGCUCCUCGGCUGAGUUUAACUACGGAGAACUCAUUCAAAACACUCAGAAUAAAUCUUCCAGUCAGACCUCAGCUCCAGAUCCCACUGACCCCUUCAAUGAUGACGAGCGAGAGCGACUUGAGGUUGAAGCACUCGCUAAAAAGUUUGAAAAUAAAUAUGGAAAUAUGGGGAAAAAGAAGAGAAAGGACAGAAUGCAGGAUUUGGUGGACAUUGGUUUUGGCUAUGAUGAGACAGACCCAUUCAUUGACAACUCUGAAGCUUAUGACGAACUGGUGCCCGCCUCCCUGACCACGAAGCUUGGCGGGUUUUACAUCAACACAGGCACACUGCAGUUCAGAGCAGCAUCUGACUCUGAGGGAGAGGAGGACAAGGUGAGAAGAAUAGGAUUAAAAUAACUGACAUCUAAAUCCAUUAUGUUUAUUUGCCACACACUG